AUGGCCCCGUGCUUCGCUGCGCCGCUGCUGGCUGGCAUCCUGGGAUGCUUCCUUGGCCAUGUGGCGAUGGGUCGACCUCCACAACGCGCUGCAGUCCCCCCUCGUGACGAUCAAGAACGAGAACAAGAUGGGGGAUGGGAUGAGCCAGAAUGGUAUGAGCCACAGCCUGAACCUGUCGCUGAUCCUUAUCACCAGUGGAACACCGGUGGGGAUGGUCCGUCACAUGGUCAAGACCUUGGAAUGGGUCAAUGGUCGCCCUCUUGGACUUGGUCUUCCUGGGGUGACUACACCAAUACUCCGUGGUACACAGCCCCCAACCAGGGAUGGAACCAACACCAUGACUGGAGCGCGGCCACGCCUGGGACCUCAAGCAUGUGGUGGGGAGAAAGCUGGUCUGCCAAUCAUCACGAUCAUGGGGGGUCGCACCAACAACCACCAGGCCGAGCUGCACAUGAGCAAUGGGGACGUGAUGCACCUGUAUGGCAUGGACAACAAGCUGAACUUCGCCCUCCCGUUCGUCUUCGACCUGCUCAAGAUGUACAUCGUGCUCGAGGAGAUCAACAAUGGGAUGAUCCAGGUCUACGAUCUCGUCAACAACAGUGGCGGGAGGAACAACGACCCCGCCGUGGGCAAGAUCCUGGCCAACCUCCUGCUGGUGAGGCUGAACAUUCAGAUGAAAGCCGUGGUCAUUACCUUUGGGUAUCUGGAUGGGGUCGUGGCGCUCCUCUUCUUCCUCCUGACCGUCGUGCUCCUGGGUUCUAUCGUGGUGGCUAUUGGUUCGACCGGCCUCGAAAUGACUGGGAAGAAAGAUGGCAACGUGGUGGAGGAGGUGAGACUCGAACCCAACGGAGAGAGGGUCGGCAAGCACAAUGGUUUGAUGGCUCCUUCCGCCCAGCCGCCUUCCGUCGAGCUCAAGAACAACACAGUGGUGGGGUGAUACCGGAUCCAAGCAUGCGUGACCACUUUCGGGAGCUGCUAAGACAAGCUGAUGCUCCCCUUCGAGGCCGUGGUUGGGGUGGUGUUCAACAUGAUGAAGCACGGGGUGACCAAUCUGCACCUGGGACGACGCACCAAGUCCAAUCACAAACGGCUACCGGGACGUGGACGUCGCCAAGAUGGACGGCUGCCGAGUGGAAUGCCUGGUCUAUAGAAAUGACCCGGCGACGCUGCAGAGACACUGAUGCAGAUGGGGCGGAAAGCAACCUGGACUGGUCCGGCGCUGGUUUACCUGACCUUCAGUCCUUUGUGGCAGCAUUGUCGUCAGGGAUGCAAGACACAUGCUCUUCUACCACGACUACCAUGCUGCAGGGGAUGUCUACAUCGACCUCUUUGCCCUCAUCACAGAGUUCAUCCACGUCGUCCUCUACUACGCUGAAUGGGGUGGACACCAUCCAAACUGAUGACGACACCACGGUCCUCAUGCAAACACGUGCAACAGGCUCCGGUGACCCACCAGCAAAUCCACCUGAGGAAGAUGAUGAACCUGGUGAACGUGGGGAUGCUACUGAUGCAGGUGACAACAACACCAACCCUGAGGAGCCUGCGGAGCCCGAAGUACCGUUUCAGCUGACUGCCGACGAGAGGGAUGAACUCAUCGAGUUGGGAUGGGACGCUGGAGUUGUUGAAGACCUGCGUGAGUUCCUGGCGUACUUGGAAGAUGUUCGUGAUCGAGCAGGGGUGGAAGCAGUGGCGUGGGCCCUUGGCCAGUGGGCUCAUUCGCUCAUCCUCUCGGAAACCACUCUGGAUCUUGUGCAUGACAUUCUGUUUCGCCGGGUAGGUGGGGUGAACGAGCUUCGACCAGAUGAUGUUGGGAUGCGAGGACGCCUGUGUGUGGGGUUUGCCGGCUUCCAGAAGGUCCUUGGGUCGUUCCACCUGAAGAUCGUCCAGAGGCUCAUGCAGGAUGUCUGGUUGGAAGCCAAGGACGUUGGAGAUCCGCCCUACUUGCCGCCGACUGGGAUGAUGAUCGCUGCCAACACCAACACGGCGGCCAUCGCGCUGGACACUGCCCGUGCUCGAGCACGUGCUAUGGUCACACGAGCCAGGAACCAGCGUGGGAUGCAAGAACCGCCUAGUGGAAGGGGACGUUCCGGUGUUGAUGAAGCUGCCGAAGAUGCACGUGCCAGUCAUGAACCACCACCGGGACGUACCGACUAUGACAACAAUGGCAAUGGUGGUGAUGAUACAGGCGAGGAGGAGGAUGAUGCUGCCCUCAUGCAGCUCACACCGACGGAGGAGAGCCUUCUUCACGACCUUGGGGUGUGUGAUGAACUUCGUGCACGACUACGUGAACUUCUUCGUGGGUUGGAGCUCCAGGAACAGAGAGAUGUGGGCGCCGAAUACCGCUGGGGUGUCCAACAACUCUUGCACUCUUCCUUCGAGGCGACGUCUGUGGUACAGGGGGUGCUUCGCAUCCUGCGUGACAGGGUCCAACCAAGUGGGGUGAUGUGCAGCUUUCCGUGUCAGCGUGUACCACCCCUCGGACCUCUUCGCUCACGGGUCGUCGCCUGGAUGUCUGAAUACAGGCAUCUGGUGGUGCAAGCCUUUGACCGGGAGAUUGAGGCCAGUCUCCGGGAACUCACGGGGUGCCCGCCUGGAAGCACCAACCCGUUUGGGCCCUUUCCUGACGUGGGCGUGGGAUGGAAUCGUGCCACUCGGGAGGCGCCAAGAGGAAGUCGUUCUCGUUCCCGGGGUCGUGAUGUUCGACGUGAAGAACCUCCUGCUGCUGGAAGUGAAGGUGGGGGUCAUGGGGGUGGUGAACUUCGACGUGAUCCUCCUGCCCCUGCUGCACGUGCAAACCUCGAAGCACAACAAGCUCUACCUGUACAACCUGCUCUACCUGUACAUCGUGGUGAACAAGUCGAUCAUGAUCUUCCUCAAGGUGCUCUUCCUGUUCAACAUGCCGAUGAAGGGGUAGCUGACAUGGUACCUGGGGGUGAACAACUCGAAUCACGGGACGGAUGCACAAGCAGUCAAAAUGGUGCUCCUCCACCUGGACAUGAAGAUGUAGGGGAGCAGCUACCACCGACUUUAGAGACUGCUGAACCUGCCCUACCUGCACCUCCUGCCGAUGGGUGUGCAACCACGAGCUCUUCUAACUCUCCGGGUCGUCCUCCGUCCUCUGAGCUGGCUUUGUCUGAAGGGGUGACCACUGAGCCGUAA